UACAAAUAGUCUAGGUACUGAUAUUUAGCUUACAAUCAAUCGAUGCUUUAGAUUGGAAGUGAGAAAAUGGUGCUCAUAUUUAGAUCUCUGUUUUGUAAAGAAUUAAAAAAACCACGCGAUUAUCUACGGUCCAAAUUUAUCGAUUCUGUUAGACUUCAUGUAAAAGGUGGAACUGGAGGCACCGGCCUUCCCAAACUGGGGGGUUUGGGAGGACAAGGAGGAUGCGUUUACUGUGUUGGAACAGAAACUGCGACCCUACGUCGUAUCAUGAGUAAAUUCAGAGGUAAAACAAUCACCGCCGGUCAUGGGGAAGAUAGUCGUAAAACGAAAAUUAUUGGUACUCCGGGUGAGGAUAUCAAACUCGAAGUGCCUCUGGGUGUGACCGUGUAUAGAGAAGAUGGCACAGUCCUGGGCUCUAUCGAUAAAGAGGACCAAACUGUAAUUAUUGCGAGAGGAGGGCCAGGAGGAACUCCACAAAACAACUUCCUAGGACAUUUUGGUCAAACUCAUCAUAUACGUUUAGACCUAAAAUUGAUUGCUGAUAUUGGUCUUGUUGGUUUUCCUAAUGCUGGCAAAAGUUCCUUACUAAAAGCUAUUUCAAGAGCCAAGCCCCGAAUAGCUAAUUAUCCAUUCACAACCAUAAAACCAAACAAAGGUGUCAUGGUAUAUGCAGAUAAACGUCAGAUAUCUAUUGCGGACUUGCCAGGACUGAUUGAAGGUGCUCAUGUGAACAUUGGAUUGGGUCACACAUUUUUAAAACAUGUAGAAAGAACUAAAUUGCUACUCUUUAUAGCUGAUGUGAAAGGUUUUCAGUUGAGCCCUAAACAUCCAAAUCGUUCAUGCUUAGAAACAGUUCUGCUGUUAAAUAAGGAACUGGAAUUAUACAAUAAGGAGUUUUUAAAUAAACCAGCAAUACUUGCCAUUAAUAAAAUGGAUCUCCCUGGCUCUGAAGAAACAUUACACAGGAUAAAAGAGUCAUACAAUAAUAAGGAUAAUAUUUUAAACUCCAUUCCUGAGGAGAUAAGACCUGAGAGAUUGAUUGAAUUUGAUGAUAUUAUUGGCAUUUCAGCACUAGAAAGAGGAGAAAGUAUAGAACAGUUGAAACAAUUAUUAAGAAGAAGGUUGGAUCAAUUUGCAGAUGAGAAUGACCCUGAUAUUGUAGAACCAAGCAAGUUACUUAGAAAACACACUAGUAUGUUAAGAGAAAGAGGACCUAGAGUUACUUAGAAUUGUUAAUAAAUACAGUUAUACAAUA